AUGGGUAAGAUUUGGUUUGUGGUGGAUCUGGUUGAACGCUCGGAUCGAGAGCUGGGUCUUGGAACCAGAACAGACACUCUGAUCGCUAUCGGCCAGUACAGCAGCACCAUCGAGACCGUGGACGCCGGCUGGUGCAAGGACAUCACCGACCAGGGAGCAACGCAGAUCGCACAGAGCAGCAAGUCCCUCCGAUACCUGGGCCUCAUGAGAUGUGACAAGGUGAACGAGGAGACGGUGGAGCGCCUGGUGUUGCAGUAUCCUCACAUCGUCUUCAGCACAGUGAUGCAGGACUGCAAGAGGACGCUGGAGCGAGCUUACCAGAUGGGCUGGAUCCCCAACACCUCCAACGCAUCGUAG